AUGGCGUUACUUUGGCCGGAUCCAUUAUACAAUUUCCAUCCUGCAACCCUGGCCCAGUUGGUCCAUAACCUCACAGAGAAGGCUGCAGUGCUGGUAAAUGCUGCUGUGACUUACUCAAAACCUGCACUGGCCACGUUUUGGCACUAUGCUAAGGUUGAGCUGAUUCCUCCAACUUCUGCUGUGAUCCCAACAGCUACUCAGAGCUUGAAAAAAAUAGUUGAUAGUGCUCAAACUAGUAGCUUCAAACAGCUCACCUUUAAUGAAGCUCUGCUGAAUGGUUUGGUGGCCACUGAGGUGUGGGUGUGGUUUUACGUGGGCAAGAUCAUAGGCAAAUGUAGCAUCAUUGGCUAUAAUGUUUGA